ACCUUUACGCUACUAUUUCUAGAUAUGGAAUAUUUAGAAGACUAUAAGAAAUCUUUCUCGUAUUCUAUAUUCUUGAUAGAGAAAGACACAGUGUGACACGAAGGCCAAUGAAAAUUCGUUCUGUAGCUUUGGAAGAGUUAGGAGAGUUACACGAUAAGCCGGGCGUGAUUCACGGUAAAACGUAAAACGUCAAACACCGGGUGAAAAUGUCAAAAACCGAUGGGAAGAAAGAUGUGUUAGCAUCUGCGUUAGCAUCUGCGUUCCGAAAAAUCGAUGUCGAUCAGUACAGUGAUAAUAACUUCAGAGAAGAAGACGCUGACGGAGGGAUAGGAGGACCCACGGGUCCAGAUGAAAAUGAGAUUUUGACACUCCUUAACCAGGGUAAGAACGCCGAAGCCUUAAUAUCGGUAUUGAGGUCCGCACCUCUGGGGUGUAAAAAUCAACAAGUAAAGGACAACGCUCGGAAUUUAACGUUAAAGGUACUUCUGAGCAUAAAAUCUACUCAGAUGGACGAUUGCUUGGCGCAGAUGGAUCGGGAUUUGUUAGACGUUCUGAUGAAAUACAUCUAUCGGGGAUUCGAAGUUCCGGCCGAAGGUAGUAGUAGUCAUUUGUUGACUUGGCACGAAAAGGUAUACAACAUCAGCGGUUUCGGCAGUAUUGUACGAGCGUUCGCGGACAGCAAACGUGCUUGAAAAAUUUUACCAUUUCCCAACGAUGUUCAUUAAAAUUCUUACCAUUAACCCUUACUGUUACCCAUUGUCAUUGUUAAUACAAUGAGGAUGUAGAUAGUGGAUGUAGAUUUCACAUGGGGAAUAUGAGACAAAAAUUUCUGUACAUUUGUUAUCAAUAAAGUAAUUUUUAUUUCUUAUA